CAGUGAAUUGUUUUUUUGUUUUUUUUGUAGGCGGUGCAGAGUCCUGUUUGGUGGGACAGAGGGAAGGCAACGGUUGCUUUCAGCUACAUUACACAGACUUCAAAGAUUCAUAUCAUCACCGCUCGAGACUGUUCAUGAAUACAGCUUUUGGAAAACAGCUUAAAAUGAAAUACUGUAAGAUAUUUCUCUUUCUUCUAUUAAUGAUCAUGGGUGUCUCAACAAAUGCUCAAGAAGUUACCUGUGAGGGUGAACAGCUCAUCAAUGUUGACAUUGUAGUUGGAAAUCCAGGUAAGGCUCCACCUUAUAAACCUGGACGUAUUUUAGUUUUUCGAUGCACAGAUGUGAAGCUGAAGAUGCACGGCCAACGAACAAUUGAAUGUCUGUCAAAUGGAAAAUGGGAUUAUCCAUAUCCAAAAUGUGGAGAUGUAACAUGUCUUCUAAACACAAAAGAGAAAAACAUCAAAAUGGAUCGAUUCCCUGAUUUUGAGUGUCCCGUCACACCUGGAUAUAAUUUAACGUUUUCAUGCAAUGGUCAAGGACUGAUUUUAAAAGGACAGAGAGAAAUCACCUGUCAGUCAAAUGGAGAAUGGAGCAGCCCUUUUCCAAAAUGUGAAGAUAAACACACAGAAGGUCAGACCACCAGUUGUGGGCCACCACCAGACGUGAACGAUGCAGAUACAAUAGAAUUGAAAAAAGAUGAAUACAAUACAGGGGAGAGAGUUGAAUACAGCUGCUUUAAUAAAUACACAUUGGAUCGGCGUCCACCUUUCUCCAGUUACUUGACGUGUGAGCAAGGAGAAUGGAGAGGGACUAUUAAGUGUUUAAAGCCCUGUACAGUGACGGUGGAGGAAAUGAAUAGAAGAGGAAUAGACUUGGCCUAUGCUGAUCGGCAAAAGAUGUUCGCACCCCAUAAUGAUUACAUCACCUUUGCGUGUCAGUGGGGCAAAGUUUUAGCAGGUGUUAGAGAACUAAGACAACAGUGUGAUGAUGGAGUGAUGACUUUACCUGAGUGUGUGGGACGGUGGGAAUAAAGCAUUGCUGAAGCAACAAAAACAAAUGUAGCAAAUAAAAACAUAUUGUUCCCAGUUCAA